AAAAAUCAAUACUCGGAAAAACAAUCACAACUUUUUAUGAUUAAACUAUUCUUACAUAUUUUAUAGUCCAAAGCGUUGCACUAUAUAGCCCAUUUAGUGCUUGGCGCUUCCGUUGCAAGCUGUGUGCAUCUUUACGAUACUUCUCCUUUUUUAAAUGAAAUGUAUCUGUGACUUCUGGCCGCUUUUGAAAAGUACUCUAAGCUAUAAUGCACGCAUUUUUCCUCUAAAUGCUACAACCCCUUUUCUCGGUUUAAAUUUGAGCAACGAUGUUGUUAAACGUGCAACGUCAUCACACAUCUGCCUGCCUCUGUAAAAUAUAUUUAUUCCCUAUUCAGAUUGCGUUCAGUUUUAAAUUCUAAUCAUCAACGUAACCCCAACCCAAACUUCUCAGUUUACCAUACUCUAACAUUUAAACGUACCAUGUUUUGUGCUAAAUUUAUCAUAUGUCAGUCGAUUCAUAAAUAGCUAUAACGUCCGGAUAGCCCGAAAUUGUAUCGUAUCUCUCUGUUAUUCCCUACAUUUAACCUUAGGUAACUUUCUCUUCUAUGAUACAUUUAUUUAAAUACGACUCCCAUCUCAAUACAUUAUUCCACCAGAUCAUUUUGGGCAAAAUAGCGUUUUACAUCGAAAUUGACUCGCCAUUAUUUUUAAUGACUUCUUUUUUAACAAAAUGUAUUCAAUCUAAAACACAUAAUAAACGUUCAGUUAUAUUUAGACAACCACUGGCGACCGUAUUUUUCCGGCAAAACAUGCAAAUAGGUGAAUUUCACUCCAAUAUCAGUUUUAGUUAACCGCCUCGGCUGGGAACGGAACCGUGGAUUGCCGUUGGUAAAACUGCUGCGCUGACCACUAUUACCUCCAGCGCUAUGAUAUUGACUGAGACUCUCCGCAAAUAUACCCAUUUUUACAGUUAUCUUUAUUUGUUACUCCGACAUCUAGACAACAGAAAAUAGCCCCAAUUUAGACGCCCAACGUUUUCCCUCAGUUUAGGAUUCUCAUUAAUCUCGCUCCCUUUGUAUCUGUUUUAGAAGGGAUUCUAACUUUUCGACAUCUAGGCGUCCGUCAAAACCAUUCCUUUUUUUCCCAUUUAGGACAGAAAUCUAAGUUCCUUCGAUCUUUUUGUUUCAUAUAACGGUAAUCUUCCGUCUCUUCAGAAAGCAGUUUAGAGGGAUUACUACCCAUUAUAAUAAAUUCCUGCCCCUCCUAUUAAUUCCAAUCUUCAACACUUUAUGUUAAUUUCUCUUUAUUGGAAUCCUUAUCUACUCACUCCUAGUAAUUCCAAUAUUUAACACCUUAUGGUUAAUAUCUCUUUAUUGGAAUCCUCAUCUACUAAAGUCUGACAUUAAGUCUCACCCGUAUACAAUACAUUACUGUUCCUAUAGGACUUCUGCUAAGAUUGUCGCUCCAAAUCAGCCUACUUGUAGGGUUGACCGAGGACAGAUAGACCGAGUCUCAAGAGUCUCCGUCCACUCGUCGUUCAAUCUGAUACUAGUUUUCACCCGUAUACAGCGAUCACUGUAGGAAUAUACAGUAAUCACUGUUCCUAUAGGACUUUGAACUAAAAUGUCGCCCCAAAUAUAGCUUAAUCUGUAGAGUUGAUUGAAAAUGACCAACGGAAAAGCAACUCAAUUGUUCCCCAUAAUCUAAAUAAAGACCACCAACCUGCAGUGUCUAUUAUCAAGAUCUAUAUAUCUAUGGGGUCACUUGUUCUGUCUUUCCGCCGGAUACAUUGUUCAAUCUGACAUUUAACUCCCCCGUAUACAGUAAUCACUGUUCCUAUAGGUCUUUUGACUUAAACUAUGUCGCUCCAAACAUAGCCUACUUGUAAAGUUGACCGAAAACAAAUGGACCGAGGCCAGUCCCAAAACCAAUCCUGCAGUGUCUAUUCUUGAAAGCUGAUGGUAUAAAAUCACCUGUUCCAUUUCUUCCCCGGAACCUCAACCACACGAUCACUUUUCACUAUCAAGAACACAGACUACUAAAAACCGGGAAAGACCCCCCGUCCAUUCAUCGCUCGAUCUGACACUAGUUUUCACCCGUAUACAGUGAUCACUGUAGGAAUAUACAGUAAGUCGCUGUUCCUAUAGGACUUUGAACUAAAAUGUUGCUCCAAGCAUAGCCUAUUUGUAGAGUUGACUUUCACUCUGAGAACAACUUAAAUCCACCCUAUGAUAAUUUAAAUCAUUCCCCCUUAAUCAAGAAUACAGAUUACUGACCUUAUCACCGACUGGGAAAGCAAUGUUCGUUGUAUCUAGUCACCCUCUCUGAUUUCUGUUAUAAUACGCCGGCCUGUAUUUCAACCUCAAUUCGGAGGCCAGGACUUUUUUUAAAAACGGGUGUCUCCCGUCCGUGCACGAUUUUCAGCGUACUACCUCCAGAUAACAGGGAGGGGUAUUUAGAUCCUGGAUCGAAGGACCAAUUGAUAGAGGAAUUCUAAAUUCCUAUGUGUUUUGUAGCCAAAACCAAAUUCACACUCGUAUCUAUUUCAUGAUAAGUUGUAAGUUUAUCAUUUUGCAUGAAUUAGCAAGAGACCAGUCUUAAAAACAAGUUCAGCAUUUAUUCUUGAUGAGUACUGACUCAAAAUACAAAGAACAUUACAUUUUAAAGAGAGAACAUAAAAUGACGUCAUCAGUUUCACACCCUCUCCCACCCUCACAAUAGCGUAGUAUUCAGGUCUGGAGAUCUUCUACUCCCCUCAUAAAACUACAUUCCAACCUGUCUAAAAGAUAUACUUUUCUCCACUAAUGGAACACAACCCAAACAUUCUUAUCUGUCUGAAAAGCUAUCUCAUCUCUCCCCCUUAAACUCUGCAAGGUACAGACAAUUAAUUUGUUUUUACUUACAUUUUCAGUAACAGCUUAACCAAGAGCCCAUACAUUUCAUAUCAUAACAUAAUAGUAUCAGAAUAAAUGGUUUUAAUUGAAAUGUAUACAUUAUUAAUCAUUUAAUCUAUAAUUUCCUUCAACAAUUUCCCUUUUAAAAAGGAAGUUUGUUCGUACCAACCUAAUAUGCUAAACAUACACAUACUGUUUUGGAAAGAUACAAUCUUACUUUGUGGUGAUGAUUAUAAGGAACAGUUGAAGUGGAUGAUGAGUUUAGAAAGAUACAAUCUUACUUUGUGGUGAUGAUUAUAAGGAACGGUUGAAGUGGAUGAUGAGUUUAGAAAGAUAGUCAUGUUAUUUUACCUGCUAUAAUGUGACCAUCUGAAAUGCAGAUUAUAUCUCACAUAUUCAUGUAUUUGUUGUUAAACUGUUCAUGCAGUUUUACUCCACCACAGUAUCAGAGAAGAUCCCUUGAAGAGUGGAUAAAGAGAGAGAAGACAUUCCUACUGAAUCUAUGUCUUCAAACAGCCCUCCAUGAGAGAGAAACCAUACAAACAACUGUAGAGAAAGUGUUGUCACUGUCUGAAGUUUAUCAGGGUCGGAAAUGGGAUCUCCUGCUGGAUCUGUACUCUCAUGUGAAGGACUAUGAGACUCAAACAGGCAGGAGUGUCCUUCCAGCAUUACAGACAGUUUACCAGUCAGCUCCUGCAGUCUGGUCCAUAGACCUCUCAGAGAGAAAGGUCUCCCUCCUCCUAGAAGUGCUGAAACUCCAAUCAGAGAAGAAACCAGUACAGCUGAAAGGCUGGUCAGAUGAAGAGAUUGAAGUGAGGAGUUUCCUUCAGUGUCUGCCCUACAUCUCACAGCUGAGUUUCUAUCUAUCGUGGUCUGAUAUCUCAAAGCUGAUCAAGUUCCUGGUGGGUCUCCUGUCUCAAGCAGCAGAGUGGGAGGAGCAGACAGGAGAGAAGACACUGAAGCUGGUAUCAUCAGUGUGUACUUACACAACCUUCCCUUUCUGUGACGAGGAUGAUGAGGAUAAGUGGUUUCAAUGUGAUCUCCUGCUGGAUCUGUGCUCACAUGUGAAGGACUAUGAGACUCAAACAGGCAGGAGUGUCCUUCCAGCAUUACAGCCAGUUUACCAGUCAGCUCCUGCAGUCUGGUCCAUAGACCUCUCAGAGAGAAAGGUCUCCCUCCUCCUAGAAGUGCUGAAACUCCAACCAGAGAAGAAACCAGUACAGCUGAAAGGCUGGUCAGAUGAAGAGAGUGAAGUGAGGAGUUUCCUUCAGUGUCUGCCCUACAUCUCACAGCUGAGCUGUGAUUCUGACAGGUUCUUCCAGCGUGUGUGUGAAUCCAUCCCUGUGAGGUCCAGAGAGGAUGCCCAGCAGUUGGCCUCUCUCCUCCAGGCCUUGGGCUCCACCCUGUCACUGGGAGGACAGUUACCCAGGAAAACCUGCAGGUCUGUGGUGAGAGUGCUUGGCCUCUGUGCCUCCAGAGUGGACCUCACUCUCACCCCCAGCAAGAUCUCUCUGAAAGGAGCCUCGCAUCUCUUCACACAUGUGUCACAGCUACACAAGCUCAGGCUGAAUGUGGGCAUGGCAGUGAGACUGGCCAGACUGGCUUGGAAGACAGGGAGAGGGGGUUCUCCACUAACGGUCCCAGAGCUCUCCCUGGUCCUAAAGAGCAGCCAGCCACCAGAGAGAGUGUUAUCCAGGGCUCUGAGUAGUGUUGCGUCCCUGCUGAGACUCUGGACGGUGCAGUGUCUGGACCUGACUGACUUCUGCAUCCAGGGUCACUCUCUCAUCACACUACUUUGUCACCAAGGCCCUCUCACUCUCAGACUGCACUCAGACACCCUGCAGCAGCUGGCUGUAGUUGUGUAUGAAGCUCAGGACAAGGACUUGACCCGGUGGUUCCUGGAGAAGAUUGGUGGAGACCUGACCUCCUGUAGGCUGGACUGGGAGGUGCUUCUCUCUCUGCUGCAGCAUUCAACCCACAACAUCACAGUGGACCUCAGGAAGAACAGGCUUCUAGAGAGGAACAUCUCAGAUCUUCUCCCCUUUCUGGGAAGGGUUAUAUUCAAGAGGCUCAGUUCCAGCUUUGUGAAGUCCACCAUCAGACAGAUCUAUGACAGUAGAGCCAGUGACUGUGUGUCCAGUUUGUUGAGGUCUUCAGACCAUUGGAUCAACCUGAACAGCAGAGAGCUGGACAGAGUGGACUGUACUGCGCUGUGUUUCACCCUGCAGCACAGCCACCAAGUCAAAGUCAACCUGCUGUGGACCUCCAUACCACCGGGGGAGAUAGAGAGCAUCCUGCCUCUUCUGGACAGAGUCUCCCAACUCAGUGUUGACAGGAAGCUGUUGCUGAGUUUCCUCCACUCCUGCACUGCCUCUCAGAUCCUGCAGGGGGCACUAUCACCAACAACAACAACAACAGCAGCGGAGCUGCUCAGGGCUCUGCAGUACAGGUUGGACUUUUCCUGCUCCUCCUCUGUGGACCUGUCAGCUCACGACCAGGGGGAGGCGCUGUGUCUGACCACUGACCACUGUAGGGCCAUAAACUCUGUUCUGAAGCAGAGCCAGCACAGCACACAGCUGGUUCAGAACCCGACCCAGAACCAGUUCCGAAAUCAGCCCCAGGUGCAGCUCAUCCUUAAAGACUGUGAGGUGGAGCACGGAGCACUGAGAGAGCUGCUUCCCAUCCUGCAUAUUGUCAAGCUGAGCCCCAGCAAAGCUCUGCUACUUCAGUUGCUGGACCAUGUGUGUGAGGGGAUUGAAGAGAGGGUUCUGAGGCACGCAGUGUCCCUGUGCAGAGCCCUGGAUGGGGAGCUGGACCUCAGUGAGACCAGGCUGAACCAAAAGGCUUGUGGAUCUCUGGCUCUGGUUCUGGAACACUCAGAGGGGCUGUCAGAACUGGACCUCAGCCACUGCCAACUCACAGACCACCAUCUACAGCCCCUGCUCACACACCUGCACAAAGUUGAAGUUCUUGACCUGGGUCACAAUGACAUCACUGAUGCUCUGACCGACAGAAUUCUCCAACUGGUCUCCACCAACACUUCAAUCCGCACCGUACGGCUCUUCAGCAACACAAUCAAGGACAGAAGUCCGUUCCUGACAGACAAGAGGUUUGAGAUCUGGUGAAGCAGCAUCAGGUCCAAGUCCAGACAGAGGAAGCGAAGAUGGAUGUUGAAGAGGUAGAGGAAGCGAAGAUGGAUGUUGAAGAGGUAGAGGAAGCGAAGAUGGAUGUUGAAGAUGGGUGCAGUAGCUACGAAGCCUCAUCUCAUCAACCUUAACCUGGACACUAUACGUAUCCUAAUUUUAACCAAUUCUUAAAUAUUGAAUGACAGCCACAUCCCCUUAGUUUUUAGCUGACCUCAUCAUGGUGUCAGAAGAACUGCAAGUGGCGUCAUCAGGGAUUUUGGGACUAAGGUAUUGUAAAAAUAGUUGAGACUCCAGAACUCUGGAAUGUUCUGAGUGUAAUGGAUAGGAAUGUGUAGUUUAUUUACCUCUUACAUGGUUCUUAAACACAGGAACAUGUGUAGUAUAACGUUUUUUGAGCUUUACAUAACUAGAUGAUUUUUGUGAUCUGACAAUUUGUGAAAUUCCUUCAGAAGGAAUGGAUUGUAUAUGUGCUUUUAUAGUCUAGUAUUUAUCAGGUUGAUGUGAAUGUGUUCUACAGUUGCAGUGGGAGACUUAAUACAUGAGUGUUUUGUUUCAGGUCAA